AGAUGGCGCCAUACCACAAUUAUCAAAUAUUGAUUCUGCAGCAGCGGCAUUAACCUGAUUUUGAGCUUACCUGGGAUUUUGAAGAUUACUUCUUUACUUCUAAUUCAACUUGAGUCGGCUUUGAAAGUCAAAUUCAAUCUCCAAAGAUGGGUAGUGCAACAUACUAUUUGGCUGUUGGAGUAGGACUUGCCUGUGUUGUCAUAGGAACGUUGAAAAUUGCCCCAAUUGAACCCGCUCAUGGAAACCUGGUGUCUUACAUGCACAAGUUUGCGGGAGUCUUCCCACUUCGCGCUGUCGGCUUCCAGCCAUCGGGUGCCAUGUACUGUGCCAUGACUGCCGUUCUGGACAUCUUCUGUGGCGCUCUCCUUGCAUAUGGCCGCUACGACUGGCCUGUCAUCAGUGGUUUCGUCCUCCUCGCCAUAUCAGCCCUCUACAUCCACGGCAUGCUUGCUCUAAGUGCACCGAUGGUAGACUUCUUCUUUCCUGUGCUUCUCACCGUUCUACUGGUGCUGCUGUUGUUUGGACGCAGCGGACUCUGGGCGGGACGCGGAAAGGUCCAUCUUGCCUAAGCUCCCAUCAUUGGAGUGAAGAAUGAGUGCCCCUCGUAGUCUUGGAUGGGUGCACUUGUACCCCACCAUUUAUAUACCAAAGUCUUGAAGGGUUAUGGGAAUUUAUUUAAGCAUUUAUCUGAAUACCGUGAGCAAUUAUUGUAUUUUUCAUUUGCAGUGGAUAAGAUCAGGUCUGUUUCUUCCAGUCAUCUUCUUGCACCUUUGCCCAUAACACAAAAGUUUAAACUCAAAUUGAAAUUUGAAAAAACAAUUUUGAUUAGUUACUUGAGAGUAUGACAUAUACACUUUGCAUGAAACAAUGAUCUUGAUUGGAGAUUGUCAUUUAGCAGUUGAUUGCAAACUAUUGUGUUAUAGGGUCCAUGCUGUCUAAAAAGGAAGGCAAAGUUGUGUAUUUGCAAAGUUGAUAAGUUUUCCAAUGUAUUCAUGCACAGUGUGUCUGUUAUAAUAAUGAUAUCACCUUUGAAUCGAGGCAAAAUUGAUGGAUGAAUAUUCUCAUUUGAGGAAAUAUUUGACUGAAUUUAUAGUCACAGAUUAGGGCUUCAAUUUAAACUGAAUAACAUUUUGAAUGAAUAUUAUUCAGAUUUUAGAAAUCUUCAUGGAAUUAUAUUCGAUAAUUUGUCACUUCCAAUGUAUUGGCAAUUUACAAAAUCAAUAUUAUAAAUGAAAUGUUUGCAGUAAACCAGAAUAUUAUGCUACAAUGUGUGUAGUUAUUAUUCUGGAAGCAUUUACUGCUGCAUUCCACCUAAGUUGGUAUUGCACAAUGUAGUAAAGUACAAAUAAUGCACAGCAUUGAGGGCAUUAGCAAGAAAUAUGCACACCGGGUAGCUUUAGAACAUUAUAUAAGUUAUAACCAUGGGCAUUUGGUCUGUUUAAAAAGUAGCAAGUGUGUGCAAUCAUUCUAUUGCCUCAGCAAAAUGAUGUGCAUUAUUUGUUUUAUAAGGUGGUGGUGUGGAUCCUUUGAUAAACCAUCCUCAUCUCAAAAUUAUAACCAGUCACUAGAACUAGUCAUUAGUUCCAUUAUGGCACGGUCACAUUUCGCCUAUGAUGGCUGUUCGGCGAGUUGAAAACAGCCGUUUUUAUCAUUUUUGUACCAGCUUUGUGUAUGUGGUUCGUAUAGAAAUCCGUAAAACUGCUGCUUUCAGCUCACCGUGUGGGCACCGUACUGGAAAUGACUGCAGGAUUAGCAACUUCUAUAAUAUGACUGGUCACAUGAUUGAUAUCAGCCACUCAUAUUAUGAUUCAUACAUGUACCAUCAUUUUAUAACAGUAGCUUUAAUACUGAAUAGCAGAUAGAAGAAAUCUCAUAUGAUUAGAAUUAUGUGACAUAACAUGUUUUGAUUAGCAGAUGUUAGCAAACCAGUUUGUUUUAGCACAUAGCAAGUUUAAUGUAUGGUAGUAAUUGUGUGUACAAUGAAGUAGGACUUCAUCAGUAAUCUUGUAUUUUGUUGGUUGAUGUGUAUAUUUAGUAGUCUUUAUUUUUAUGAGUUUUUGAUAAGGGAAAUUGGACUUGGGUAACAUUGAAUUUGAAUGGUGAUUAUAAAAAAUGAAAGUAUUUUUUUUUACUUACACUUAAUCAUGUAUUGGUAAUUGGUCAUUGAUAUUUAAUUUGAAGCUCAUUCAAUCCUAUUUUGUAUUUACUAUGUACCAUUUAGAGAAUUUGAUUUGGACAAAUUGAAAUGGUUAUAAACUGUAUGUAGCUUAUCACUGGACAUAUCAAAGCAAUUCAGGAAAAUUGUUCGAAAAUAGUACAAGUCAAGACUAUCUAUUCUAUACUACAUGUAUGUAUUUUAUGCAAACAUAAGUUAUAUAAAUUGUUCUAUGCAACAUUUUCUAUAGGUAAGAGUGCUCAUCAUUAAAGUAUAGUAGAAGGGAUGACAGGGUUAAUGUUGUAGUCAGUAUACAUGGGUUGUUCUUACCAUGCGAAACAGUAAAAGAAAUUUGGUGAAACCAUACUCUUUAUUUUAUUUAAGAAUAGCCAGUGUUGACAUGUGAAACACAAUCACGGGUGGUACCAGGAUUUGUUAGGGGGGGGGGGGGCCUCAAGGUGAAAACUUUUUUCUCUCUCAAUUCAAUGAUUUAGGUAUUAUAAAGUUGAUUACCUAUACCUCUCUUUUUUGCUACUCUUUUUCCCCCUUUUUCUUUCCUUUUUUCUUCUUGUUUCCAAUAUAUACUUUAAAAAAAAUCAGAGGGCAGUGACCUGGCAGUCACCCCCCCCCCCACACACACACAUACCCUCUGUAGUGCUGCCCCUGAAUUUUUGAACUUUAUCAAAUAUGGUGCCUUCCAAGUUCUAGGUGAUUGUUAGAGGGAAGGUUGAGUCUUGAGUGUGUCAAUGCAUUUUUCAAUCUGACUAGAAGUACACAGUGCCAAUGGAAAGUCUCUGCACAAGAGAUGAAUGUUAAUAAUGUUCAAGUGACGAUGAUCCACAAUAUGCAAAGACUUUCGGUUGGUGCUAAAGUCCUGUGACUUCAAAGGAUAUGGUACCCUGACAAGUAACAUGAUAAGGUGUAUACCUGUAUUUAACUGACAUGUGGUGCGUAAAGUCACCAACCGAUUCAGGGAUCCCAAGUCCAAGCCCCGGUUCACGUCCUUUUGACAGUGGCAAGACUUGUCAGCACGUAAACAAUCCACAUCCAUUGUUUGUCUCUACAUCUCGGGAAUCUUUUUUAUUUUGUCAUUUUGAAAAGUGCAGAGUAUGCCAUGCCCUUCUACAAAUGUUACCAAGGUGUGUGAUAUUAGUCUCAGGUUCAGCUGUUUUGUAUUUAACAUACCUAGCCUUGUGAUCAUUUAUAUAUCCCGUUUUUCUACCAUUUUAUUUAUACUUGUUUAGUGUGAUUAUGGUGUCAAUUGUAUUUUUUUCCUAAUAAAACUAUAACUUCCUAGAA